UCGCUCUCUCUCUCGUCGUUUGGUGCACAUUUCCCCUAAACGCACAGAGACAUUAAAUCCAAAAAAAAAUAAACUGUAGGCAUGUGUAUAGCUUGCCUGCGCUUAAAUUGUGCGUUAAAUCACAAUUUAAAAUACGCGUUAUAUAAAAAUAGCAAGUCCUUCAACUUCAACUUGGAUUCCUCAAUCAAUUGGCGUUGAUUGAAAUUGAUUUGUGCCAGAUUUAUUCGCAACGCUAGUGACGUGCGAACUGUGAAAAACUCAAAAGACGCAACCAUAUUUGUUUGCCAAAUUAGCAACAAUUUGUGUGAUAAAUUUAAAAAGAUUGUGAUAUUAAAUACAAACAGACUGAUUUGCUUAUAGUUAACUCGUACUUCAAUCAAAACUAAGUUCGACGACAAUUUGCGAAAAAAAAAAUGACACCAAAAAUUAUUACAUAUUUUCUGUGCGGCAUGCGCCAUCCCACAACUGGCCUUAACGAAGACGACCUAAGUCGUCUGACUGGUUCAUCCACAUCAUCCACAACGUCGUCGUCCUCAUCCAAAGCUGAAGCCACCGAACAGCUGCAGCAGCAGCAACAGUCGCCGGCAUUAACCGAUGCCGUGCCAGAGACGACAACGACACGCUUCAACUCCACGUAUCUACCCGAAAUCAUAAACCCACUGGAAUGGCAAAAGUCACGCAAACGCAAGGAGCGCCUCGACAGCAACUCGGCCAGCAGUCAGGAUCGCAAACUGCAGCGCAGCAACAGCGAGGAGCUGCUCAGUGAGGAGCCCGCCAGCCAGCUAGCCGCCACACCAGCCAACUGCAGCAGCUGUGACGUCAUACGACGCGUCUCCUCCGAGGACUUCAAGCGCACCGCUAGCUAUGCCAGCUAUUGCCAGGAAUUCGAGCGCGAGCUGCAGCAUGCAGAGAGCAGCUCUGCGGGCGAGCAGGAGAACAAUGCCGCCUUGGCCAAUCUGCCGACGGAGCAGCAGUCGAGCAGCGAGGAGCGCACGCGCCUAGAGACAAGUCCAGCGCGCUCGCAGCACCAGCAGCAGCAGCAGCGCGAAGCUAGCGACGAUAGCGACUGCGAGCAUGAGCGUCGACGCAGCAGCGAGCGUUUCUGCAAGUCACGUCAGCCGCCAUUGCGAAAAUCCGGCGUAGCCAAAAAGGCCAAUGCCAGCGCUGGCGGCGGCGGCGGCGUCGGCAGCAAAUAUUUGCCCAACAGACGUGAUGAGCAGAGCAGCUACAAAUACGAUUUAUCCGCUUUGAAAUACGAGCGACGUGGCUUUAUUAGCAGCAAGAAGCAGCAGCAGCAACAGCAACAGCAAUCUGCAACAACAGCAACUUUCGCUGAUCACAACGACAACAACUUGAUAGACUUUCAUCAGCAGCAGGAGCAGCAGCAACAGCAGCAGGAGGAGCAACAAGCAAAGCAGUGCGCCAGCAUUUCACCCACGCCCACCAGCAGCAGCAGCUGCAGCUCCGCAGGCAGCAGCGAUGACACUACCCCCAAUCCCGUCAAGGUCAAGCCGCCGCCGCAGCGUCAACAGCAGAGCUUAAAUCUCACCUCCGCACAGGAGUCGCUGCCUUGGGUGCGCGACGAUGAGCCCGCGCCUGUGCUCAGCCGUCGCUUUGCGCACUCGCGUCAUCCGGCUGGCGGCUAUAUCGAUGCUGCUGCCAAGCUGGCCAAGGCCAUGCCCUAUCCGCAGCAGCAGCCCAAGCAGUCGGCAGUGCUGAGCGAGCAAAUGGACUGCCUGGAGCCCAUGGAUGCAGUGCGUGCGUUUAGCUCGCUGGAGAACAUGCGCACACGCGACGUCAUGCAGCAGGUGGUGCCCGCCAUGAUGGCCUACCAGACGCCCGACGAGCGCCUCAAGGCCAUCAAUCGACGCGUCACAGCGCUAAAGAAGAAACUGGUGCAGCUGGAGUAUGCGCUGGAGCAGCGCCUGGGCUACAGACCGUCGCAGGCGGAGCGCCUGAAUGACAAGUAUAUGAAGAAUGCGCUUGCCGAGCUCAGCAAGCUGCGCAAGGAGCGUCACGAGCUUAAGACUGAUCCCAUUGCCGCCCUGGGUCUCAAACUGGGCACUGGCAGUGGCGUUGGCAUUGCCAGCGGCGGACUGGAGGCCACCAAGAAGCUGGAGCGAAUGAAGAAUACGCUUGCCGAAAUAGCACAGAAUCUAAGCGAGAAGCGUGUGCAAUGCAAGCGCUCACAGCUGCUGGAGGAACUGACCUCGGAUCAGCUGGUGCAGGAGAAGAGCGCCGUGCAGCAUGCGCUGCUGUACUUUGAGAGUCUCUAUGGCCAUCCCAUUACCAAAGAGGAACGGGAUGCGGCACGCUCGCUCUACGAUCGCUAUAGGCAGCUCAAGCGUUUGGUGGCGCGCAGCAUUAUGUUUGGCGGCGGCUCUGGUGUGCCGGAGCUGCCCACAAUAUUGGAACACGAGGCUAUGGUCUUUGAGUCAACAUCCACGCCGCUGCAGUAUUCAUCCAACAACAGCACUGAGACCACCAACUCACCCAGCGACUCCAUGGCACCCAAUGCGCUGACACACACUGCGUCCUCCGAUGAGUCCACCACAACAACAACCACAACCACUACAGAGCAGCAGCAACCGCAGUUGGAGAACAUUGCUGCGCUUAGCCUGGAUCAGCUGUGGGAGCAGCUGGAGCGCGUGCGGGAUGAGAAAACACUGCUCAAGGCCACCAUACGCGAGUAUGAGGCGAUUUUUGAGGAGCAGAAUGGACGCAAGAUGCUUAAGCCGGAUCGCAAAUCGCUGGAGACGGAGACCUAUGCGCAGUACAAGGAGAAGAAGGCCAAGGUGCGUCUGCUGCAGGCGCUGAUCAAGAAGCACAUUGGACACUAAAAAGUUGCCACACACACGCUUUGGCAAUUCGUAUUAAUUUUACAUGCAUACCAAUUUAUUUAUUUCAACUAUAAUAUAUAGAAAUACAUAAUACAUUCAU